GACAAGAUGCUGCGCACGCCGAAAUGCUCGAGGUGCCGGAACCAUGGUUUCCUGGUGCCGGUCAAGGGCCAUGCGGGCAAGUGCCGUUGGAAGCAGUGCACCUGCGAGAAGUGCUACCUGAUCACCGAGCGCCAGAAGAUCAUGGCUGCUCAGAAGGUGCUCAAGAAGCAGGCCGCCGAGGAGGAGCAGGAGGCGGCCCUGAGCCCGAAGGGUCCUCAGUUGGCCUCCGGGGCUGCAGCCGCAGCCGUGGGCUCUGGCCUCCGCUCGCUGCCUCCACUAGCUGUUUCCGGAGGCGCGGGGCCGGGCCCCGAAGGCCGCGCGGCCACCUGCUUCCCAGAGAGGCCUCCGCAAGGCCCGAGCCCCGGCCCGAGCCCCGGCCCGAGCGCCUUCCAGCCGGUGCUGGGUGGCCGCGGACGCGGCCACGGCCACGUGGGGCUGCCCAGCUGUGCACCGCCCCAGCUCGGGGCCGAGGCCGCAGGCAGGGCGUGCCCAGGCCGCCCGGAGCUGCGACGGCCGCUGAGGCUUCUGCCCAGCCCGCCGUUCGCCGACUUCGGGCGCCCUUUGAGCAUCAACUCGGAUUGUGUGGUAGGGGCUGAGUACCUGGAGCGAGAGCCUUCCAAGCUGUACCCUGGAUGCUCCACCAUGCACUCCUAUCUCCCAUUCCCACUGGGCUACCAGGAUGCAUCCCCAGCCCCAGGAAUCCCCCCACAACGGGGCUUCCGGCAUGUCUCCUGCAGCCAUUACCAUGGAGGUGGCUUGGUGUCGGAACCAAUGGGAGACUUCCAGCCAAGCUACUACCUGCCCCCUCCACCACCCCCACCUCCACCUCCGCCUCAGCUGCAGUUCCUCCCACCAGGCUUCCUCUCUGCGCUGCACUUCCUCCCACCUCCACCACCACCACCGCCACCACCAACCUUCUCACUUACCCUCCUUUCUGAUACCGACAAGGAGAGCACUGAUGACCAGGAUGCAGAGGUACCUUGUGAGCCCAGUCAGCCCUCGUCUCAGGAGCAGUCUGACUAAGCCGCAGGCCACUCUCCAGACCAGCAGGGGGUGUCAGGGGUGUGCCAGCAAUGAUUUUCUUGUCUGUUUUCAGUGUCGUUUAGGGAGGAAGGGUCUCGACCACUGUAAGGUGGCAGCUAAUUUCCAUUUGAAGACAGGAGGAAGGAGAAUGAUUUCUAAUGUUCUCUUGAUCCUGAGCUGUGGGGUUGACGAGGGUUGUGGAGGAGGUUAUUGACGGGAGGCUCGGGCUCUGAGGAGUAGGGGCAGGGAAGCUCAUGUUUAGGAAUGAAUUUAACCGUCCUGGGUUGUGUUGUUUAUCGUGUCAUCCCCAGGUGCGGCCUUUGAUUUCCUCAGGCCCCACUCAGGACAGAAGGUACCAUCUAUUUCAGCCUUUUGUCACCUUUGCUUGGUCCCCAGGACUGGGCACUGCAGACAUCAGGCAUCCAGCCCAUCCAGGUGGCUGAUGCGAGCAGCCAGGGCUGGGGUGUUGACAGCAGGUUCUGCAGCGUCCCACCUUUGCCUGGCUGUUGCCCAUGGCGCCUUCUCCAGGGGUUUAUUGCUUGUAAGCACCCGGACCACUGGGUAGCUUCACUUCCCCUCCAUAGAGUUUAAGCCUUUGUAGGCCUCAUUUUUGGUUUAAAAAAAUCUGUUAAAGUUUUACUACUGAAUGCUUUUAUAGUAGGCAGCUCAUAGCACUUGUGCAGUUCUCAGGAGAGUGCUGCAGCCAAAUCGUCUAGGUCAUCAGCAGUUUCUUCUCUGGGGACAGUUGGCUGUUUGAAAUAAAAUAAGCAGUGGAAA